AAAAAAAAAAAUAAUAAUAAUAAUUAAAAAGGAGAUUCUAAAGUCUAUCAAUUGCCUUUAUCAGCGACAGACAUAAACCAGGGAUUCUUUAAGCAUUUGGCACCCGCGGGAGGAAGUUUCUUUGCCGGGCGGAGUUCACAGGUAAUCACAGUUCUAAGGAUAGUGGCGCAGGAUAGGCGUGUUGCAAGCAUCCUACGUGAAAAGAUCGCCAGGAGACACGAGCAGCGAUGGCGGAAUCCGAGCGAUUGUUCUUCUCUUUCAUAAUGUUCUUGGCUGUGAUGUGCCGUGGAUGUGACUCUCAGAUGUCUCCGGAGUCGCAGAAUAUUCAGAAUAUCUUGGAGGGGCUUCAGCAAACUCUUGGAGACGCUUCAAGAUUAGGGACGACGGAUCCAGAGGAGAUCAAGCAAAUCACCAGUCAACUGCAGUCCUUGCUAGAUGCAGUGAGUGAAGUACAAGGGACGGAAGAAGAAGUUCGACAGUCGGCGUCGCAAGUUCUCAACCAUCCUCUCAUCCAACAAAUUCUCGUUUUCACGCGGCUUGUCGAUUUCCAGAACUUCAAUGGGUCGUCGCUCCUGUUAUCAAGCGCUGCCGGGGGCGUCGUGUCCUCCGUCCAGCUGAUGCUCAGGGCCGGCGCCUUCGUCAACCUGCGCGACGAAAACGGAUGGACGCCGCUCAUCUGGGCUGCUCGUAAUAACCACAGUGAUGUAGUCAAGGUCCUACUCGAGGCUGGAGCUGACCCGAACAUCGAGAACUGGAAUUUUGGUGACGACCCCUUAGGAUGGGCUGCCUAUAACGGACACCCCACUAUAGUGCAAGACCUCUUAAAUGCAGGAGCUGAUAUAGGACAUGUUGAUGGCGAUGGUGACACAGCGUUCCUGUUGGCUGUGAGAGGAAACCGUCUUGAGGUUGCGAGAAGUCUUCUUAGCAGCGGGGCAGUUGUAAACGUCCAGAAUAAUGAUGGCUGGAAUGCAGUGAUACAAGCGGCCUACAACGACAACCUUGACUUAUUACGACUCGUUAUCCAAGCCGGGGGAAGUUUGAAUGAAAAAACUAAGAAAUACGGAGACACGGCGUUGAUGUGGGCCUCUUCGCUCGGACACCUGGAGAUCAUGAGGGAACUUUUGGCCGCUGGAGCCGAGGUCGACCUUGAGAAUAAUAAUGGAUACACUUCCCUGUCAAUGUCCAUCACGCAGAAUCAACCGGAAGCAGCCAAGAUCCUCCUGGCCUUUGGUGCAGACAUCAACCAGAGAGCGAAGGAUGGUGACUCUGUCCUGAUGGAAGCCGUGAACUUAGGUCGACAAGCGAUGGUGGAAGUCCUGUUGAAACAUUGUCCAGACAUGAGUGUUGAAAACAUUAACCGGAAGAAUGUCUUCACCCUAGCUCGCGAAAAAUUCAAUACUGAAAUCAGGAAUAUGAUACAAGCUCACGGGGCAACCACAUGUCUUGCCGAUGGUCACUCUUACAUCCUGGGGAGUGUGAAAUAUGACAGCUGCCGCCAACAACAGUGCUGUCACAGUGUCUGGAGGAAUACUGGCCUGGCCCUGCAAUCCUGUGGUACUGAGUGCAACACGCCAGGUACUCGCUUAGGCACCUGUGUGCUAGUGAACGAGUGCGUGAGGCUGGAACAGGUGUUUCGCGUGACUAAUGCAGCGGGGGAUGUGGGACGGACCACGAAGUUCCUCGUCGACCAUCGCUGUGAUACCAGAGAUGGAAAUAUUCACGUUUGCUGCCCGACAUUAUAAGGACAAAAUACAUUAAAAAUAAUUCAACGAAAGGUUAAAAAGAAUCAUGUUUGUGAUUAGGUUUGUUAUCAUCACUGUUGCAGUAUUUCUUGCAUAAACACUCUUGCUAAUUGAAUGUAGUAUAAAACAACUAUUAUAAUCACCAUUAAUGUGUGUAGUCAUGCAGCAAUGGAUAUAUCAGUAAUGGUCAACAGUUAUAAUUACAUUCAACAUAACCUCAAGAAGAGCAAUUGCAGUAGUAUAGCAGUGCAAUCAAGUGCACAUCAAUAAUGAUAAGAAAAGCAAUAAUCUCAAUAUCUAUGUGUCUUUCCAUUGUAAAUCAAGGGCUGCUUAACCCAUUCUCCCCAUGUGGCAAGAAUACACUGUAAUACACGUUUAUUUAUUGUAUUUACACAUAGAUGGCUCUACAAGUUCUUAAUCACCAAAUAGCCAGUUAUUAGAAACUACUUAUCUCACCUGUUUACCCUU